AUGGCUACCCUCAAAGUUUACGAUGCCCUUAUCAUUGGCGGCGGUCCUGCCGGCCUAUCCGCGGCUUUGGCACUGGCACGCGUUCGACGAACCUCGAUUCUUUUUGACUCUGGUGACUACCGCAAUCAAGGGACCCAAGCCAUGCACAGCUUCCUUUCCCGCGACGGCGCCCAUCCAGAUGAGUUCCGUCACAUUGCACGACAACAGAUCCAGGACGUCUACUCUGAGCAGGCUUCGUUCAUGAAGAGCAAAGUGGUCACAGUCGCGAAGACGGAAAUCAUAUCAGGAUAUAAAGGAUUCGAAGUGACGGACGACUCCCGCCAAACUUUCCGGGGACGGAAGCUCAUUCUUGCCACGGGAACCGAAGACAUACUCCCAACAGAUUUGGAGGGAUAUAAGGAUAACUGGCCAGCGCAUAUUUACCAAUGCCCCUUUUGCGACGGCUACGAGCACUCCACCUCACCGAUUGGCAUCCUAACCUUCCCAAACCCAACCUACGCCCACCUCGCCGUUAUGCUCCGAUCCCUCAACAAAUCUAACCAGCCCAUCACAAUCUUCACCAAUGGCCCGAUCCCUUCCGAUGACGAACCCACCCUAGCAGCGCUGGCAAACCUCCUCUCCACGACCAGCGACAUCCAAACUGACACGCGCCCCAUCACCCGCCUCCUCAACAACGGUCCCGGCGCAGCCGGAAUCACUCUCGAGUUUGCCACCGGCGACCCUACCACGCUAGGGAUGCUCUUCCACCGGCCCGCGACGCGCAGCCGCGGGCACGCGUUAAUCGCGCAGCUAGGACUCGAAACCAAGACGGGGACGCCCGAGGGGGAGGUUGUGGUGGUCGAUCCUAUGGUCUUGCAGACGAGUCUCAGGGGGUGCUUUGUCGCAGGCGAUACCCAUCAGAUGAUGAAGCAGGUUGUGGUAGCGGCCGCGGAUGGGGUGAGGGCGGCUGGGGGUGUGGUGAUGCAGCUUUGUGAAGAGGAGAUGGGAAAAAAGGAAAUAGAGGGCUAG